ACACACUCAGUUCAGCUUUUGAGAAGAUUGAACAACGUCUGGGUUGAACAGCUUCACCUGAAAUAAGCAUAAUGUUUUUGUGCCCCCACACUGAUUAAUUUUUUAAAGCAAUGUUGUAAUUUAUUCAGAGCAAUGCUGCUAGCUUUAAGUAGAAUAUCACAACUGUGGUGCCACAAUAUCUCUUUUAUUGUAAUUCUACUUUUACCUUGAGCUAUCACAGCUCUCCUACGGGCACUCUUAAAGAGGAUGUCAAAUUUUCUUUUAAUCUGUAUGUAUAUUUUGGGACAAAACACAUUUCUGUUUUACUUUGGUGUGUGAUCAGAGUUUCUUCAGAUACAUUGUUGAGAACAGUAACACAAAUGUCCUUAAUUAAACACAUGGAUAUGCUAAAGAUGAAAUAUCCUUUUAUUUAUGAGUGUUAAUGAUGUUUUAUGGUACACAAAGACAUUGGCUGCAUGGUGCUAUGUUCAGAGAUCUUGCUCAUGCUGGAAAAAAAAUAUGUGCAGUUUACAGAUGUGUUAUCCAAUUAUGUUUUAAAUAAUUAAUCUGUAUUUACCUGUCAGACAUAAUUUAACCAGCUUAUUUGUUUUUUUACAUUUCUACUAUAUAAAAUGCUCCCAUUCAGUGGUGCCAUCACUGUAAAUCAGUGUCAAUUGAAUUUGACAAUCCAGCUAUUAAAUGUUCACACCCAUCCUGAGACUAGUGGACUUCACUACAAAGCUUUGUAUACAAUAUAACACCAAAAACUUGGAUUGUUGAAAUCAUCUCUGGCUUAUAGAUAGUGAAAAUACUGGGAAAUGCAGUGGUGAUGCAGAUAAGAUUAAAAAAAAAAAAAAAGUAUUUGGUGAUUUAAUAAGUGUCACAUCUGGGAGCUAACAUCAUUCCCAGUUUCCUUGUAAGAAAAGCUUACACACUUGACUGAAAUAAAUACUUGCUGAAGGCUAUCAUUCUUACACAACAACAUAUUUUUCUCACACUUUCAUGUGUCCAAUUAUUAUAUGAGCUUAUUUGAAAGCAAGAAACCUUGAAUAAUUUAAAUACAUGUAAAUGAUUUAUCAUCUUAUGUCUAUUCAAAUCUUUAUAAAUGCUUAUAUUUACUUGUUUUAAUCUGAUUAAUAUUGAAUCAGUGCUUUGGUUUUUGGCACAAAGCUCUGGGAUUGUAAGAGAAAACCAAACACUGUAAAUACUCUGAGUUGAUUUUACUGGGGAAAUACACCCUCAUAUGAGCAGUGGAGUGACUGGCUGCUGUAAAUGAUUUGGGGAAACAGUAUAUGUGCCAGAUAAACCAUACUUACAGCCUCCCGGAGUAUCUGCACAGGGCCUCCUGCAAGCAAGAUGCCAGGGGACAAGUGAUAACUCCCAAGUGUUCCAGAGAGAGGUCCUGCGCAGCCGGAGAAAUAGCACUACAGUUGUCAACAGGCCCAACAUGGUCCCUUCAUCACCUAUUCGUGUCCCCAGCACCAGACUUCACCAAAUAAAACAAGAGGAGGGAGUAGACGUGAUGAACAGGGAGACUGCCCAUGAGCGGGAGGUUCAAGCUGCCAUGCAAAUGAGCCAGUCAUGGGAAGAAAGCCUUAGUCUGAGUGACAAUGACCUGGAGAAGUCUGCAUCUUCGUCUCCAAAGCGCAUCGACUUUGUGCCUGUGUCGCCUGCCCCAUCCCCGACCAGAGGGAUAGGAAAAAAGAAGCAGUGUUUCUCUCCUUCACUACAAAUACUUGUAAGCAGUAAUGGCCUAACACCCAGCCCGAUACCCAGCCCAACGCGACGCUUCAGCCGACGGAGUCAAAGCCCAAUCAACUGCAUCAGAGCCAGCAUACUUGGGCCGAUGAAACGCAAAGGUGAGAUGGAGACAGAGAGUCAGCCCAAGAGGCUCUUCCAGGGUACCACCACCAUGCUGUCCUCUGAUGUCUCCAACCUGUCAGACCUCAGUUCCUGUCACUCUCCAGAUUUGUUGGAUGGCAGCCUCAGCAGCAUCGGCUCCUCCACAGACUCGCCAGGCAAAAUGGAGGGAGUGUCGCCCUCGUCGUCCAGCAACUCGCCCUUCGCUUCCCUCCAGGAUUUGUCCCCAAAGUAAGCACGGGAUAGCAAGAGACACUGUAACGGACUGGCGCCAAAAGCAUCUCUCCAGGGAACAAGUUUCCUUCUCAGACCCUCCAUCUCACCAUCGCCUAGAUUUAGUCCAAGUGGAAUUUUCCACUUAUGUUUUCGAGCGGCAGUCAUGGCUACACUGUGGGGGGUCUAGAUGUGUUUGAAGUAAGGAAACUAAAGCCAUGGAUGAGUUUUAGCAUAGAAGGAGUAAGCCUAGUGAAACUAGGAAUGACUGAAGACACUGUGAGCACCAGCUGCUAGUAGAGGAUUUGGAUGGUGCUUGGCUUCAUAGUGAUAUUGUGUUCAUAAGUGGCUAUGCUUCUGUCCUACCAGUUCCCCUCACUGGAGAGAGACAUUGAGCACUGGACAAAGAAAUGACUAUUUGGAUGUGUACAUUUGCCCUGUUUUCGUGCUGGAAAACUUCUGUCCACAUGCCUUUGUAUGUACACAGUCUGCAGAUUUUGUAAGAAAAUAUUUAACUUAUUGUUUUCCCGCUUUGUUUGUAUUUAUGUACAUAGUAACCUUGUCAGAUGUCGUACAUAGUUUUAAGUUUUGGCUGUGAGGUGAAUGUGGGCACAGGUCUUCAACAGCAUAUGUUUUCUUUGUAAAGGAACAUAAACUACUUGUGGAUUACACCUAUGGAGACUUCCUUACUGUUAUACUGUAAGAUGUUAUGUUUUCAGCAGAUUUUCUUAAUAUUUUUAUGCUAUGGGCUUUGAACUGUGGUGAUUCUUUUUUUUUCUUCCCCAGUUUGGCUUUUAUGCCCCAUUCCCCAUGACUUGCUGCAUCUUUAAUUGCCUAGUGUGAGCAGUUAAUGCACCUAGCAGUUAACUGUGGAUGAAGUGAGAUGGUCAUCACUGUUGGGCGUUGAACACUAAAGGUUCCUCUGUAUCCUGUGUUUUUGUCAGGAUGUUUUUGUAGAUACGCAGAAAUUAUUCCGUUUUCUUUCUAACGGGGAAAUGGUGUUAUUUAUGAUGUAAAAAAAAAAAAAAAAAAAAUUUAUUAUAAGAAUUGGAUGGUGAUAGAUUUCUAUCCCCAGUAAAACCGUUCGUAUUGUCAUUCACACCAAAUCAACUGACUGCUGGAACGUGCAGCGAAAACAAAAUGGCACCGUCACAUUGUGAGUAAAGAGACUGCUGUUUCUGCUGUGGUUACUUUUUUAAAAUAGCUUUUUGCACAGGAUGCUCAGUCCUGUGAUGUUUCAGCCUGUGUGUAAAGCAGAGAAGAAGUGAAACUUGAUGUUUUCUUCAGACAACAUUCAUGAAAUACAGCAUGUAGAGGUUUCGCCUGUACUGUGAUUUUUUUUUUUUUUGCACCUAAAUUUGCUCUCAAAUGUCCUGGCUCUUAGUGUCCAUAGCUCCUGUGUAACGUAAACAUCUGAAGAGGGUUAUGCUGUAUGAGUUAAAGGCUAACUCUGUAACCUUUAAUGUGUAUGUACAAAAGAAAGUGAUUGUAAAUCAUUUUAUGGAAGUGUGCCCUUUAAUUUAUAGAAGAGAGUGGGUGCAGUUUUUUUGACUGAAUGUCUUUUUCCUUUUAUACAGAUAAGACAAUGGAAAAAGCAGUCAGCUUGCCCUGCUGUUAACAAGAUAUUUUUCCAAGAUCUUUUUUCUCAGUCAUCUAAUGAAGUGUUCAGGGCAUGACUUUGGCAAAUAAUCUUAUACCAUUGUAAGACUGCAAUGAAAAGGCUGUAAUCUGCCAAGCUGGCUCACACCUCGCCUAUGCUUGUGUCUUUUGUGAUUGCAAUCGUAGCGAACAUCAGGACUAAAUAAAUUAUUUCUUUA